AUGCCACCAGCGCCCACUCCAGACAACGUUCUCAAGAUCAUUGACUUCGGCAUAGCCGCGCAUUUCGAGGCCAGUCGACAUUCGGUGGCUUCGUUCAGCUCCAAAGUCGGCACGCCGUACUAUGUGGCACCGGAGGUGCUGCCUAGAUUCCCCAGGUACAGCGAAAAAGUCGACUGCUGGAGUGCUGGUGUCGUCCUGUACAUCCUGCUUUCUGGGAUCUUCCCCUUCAAAGAAGAGGGCACCACAGCCACCUUGCAGAAGGUCAGAACGGCCAAGUGCACGUUUCCACCAGAAGCCUUUCAAGGCGUCUCCAGAGCAGCGAAGGAACUGAUCAAGAAGCUCCUGCAGAAGAGCCCGGAGCAGCGGCUCUCAGCCAAGGAGGCGUUGAGAGACCCUUGGCUCACCAGCUCUGCGAGCCUCCCCACCGCUUCGCUGUCCUCGGCGGUCAUGGAGAAUCUUCGCAAGUACAGUGUCGAGCACCGUUUCAAGAAGGCAGCGCUCCAUGUUCUCGCCCGGCAGCAGGAUGACGGCAGUCUCACCGCGUUACGACAGGUCUUCACCGAGCUGGACCAGGAUGGUGAUGGCAUCAUCACUUUUAACGAGCUCAAGGACCUCCAGCAUUUGGCUCGGGCCGUGGAUGCAGAUGGCUCGGGCGAGAUCGUGGAGCAGAUCAAGAAGAUAUUGGCGGAGGUCGACACGAACGGAGACGGCCUGGGCCUGAGCAGCUGA